AUGAGGCGCUGUCGAAGGCAGUUCCUGAGUUUUGACUACGAUGAAGGGGGACAUCGAAAUCAUGUUCAAAAAGGCGAAAGAGCGAACCUCCGACGGAGAAGAAACGACUCGGACGAGGACGAGCAGCUCUACGCCGGCCAGACGUGCGGGCCUGUGGUGGAGGAGAUCCCGUUCAUGGAGACCAGCUUCGCAGCAGUCCGCCGCCGAGAUCCCAGCAUGGCAACAACGGCUUCCAACAUAAUAAUAUUAAUCAUUAAUUUAAAACCAAUCAAAAAUGAAAGAAAGAAAUUCAAAGAAAUAUGCCCUCCUCCUGCUGCCAUUGCGGCGCCGUCGAAGGCCAGUUUGCUGAGUUUUGACGACGAUGAAGAGGGAUCCGAGGUGUUCAGGGUGAAGAAAUCGAAUUACAGCAAGAAGAUUGUCAAACAGUUGAAGAAGGAAUAUAAGGAGGACUUGGAAAAGACCGGCCCUGUGAAACAGGAGCCUAGUUCAGAUGGCCCAUUAUUGCCCCCUAUGAUGAUCAAAGAGGAGCCCCGCAGCACGGUGGGAGGUGACCAAGGGGUGCAGGAGAUGGAGUUGGACGGCAUUGAGGUCCACGAAGAAGAGGCUCCCAGGGGCUUAGUCUCCCAGGGACAUGCCCCUGUCGUCAAGGGAAACGUCAUGGCGGGUUCCUUCAACACCCUGUCGUCCCUUAGCAGCCUCAGGCCAGGGGAGAUCCCGGACGCCGCGUUCAUCCACGCGGCACGGAAACGGCGCCAGCUCGCCAGGGAGCUGGGCGGCGAGCCCCCCCUGGUGGAGACAGACGCCCCAAGAAGCGGCUGACCGCGCGAGGAUGAGGAAGAGCAGGACGGCAGCGACGACGAGGACGACAAGAGGAUCAACUUCAGCGGUGUGAAGAACAAGAGCCAGCGCAGAAGAUCGCAGAGGAGAUAGGCAUCGAGGGCAAGUGACGACGAGGCUCUGGAUACGGGCCACGACGAGGAGCUGAGCCGCUGGGAGCAGGAGCAGAUCCGGAAGGGGAUCAGCAUACCACAGGUGCAGAGCAACCCCCCAGAGGACAACACGGCCUACUACCAGAACAGCUACGAGACGCAGCCCUACGGUGCCUCCUACAACAUGCCCUACACCUACAGCACCGUGGACGCCCGCCGUGGCCGGCCGCCCCUAGUCAGCGGGCCCGUCCCCUACAGCGGCCCCGCUGCGGAGCUGGCCCCGGUCUCCUCCGAUCUGGUAAAGAAACGCCUACGGGACAGGCUGGGCCAAAUGCGCACAGGCCACGAGGCUAACGCCAAGCGCUACGAUCAGAUCGUCGACGAGCUCACCGCCUCCGACUCGGCCAUACACCGCCUGGAGGGCUCGUCCAAUGACAAUGCAGAACAAUAUAAAUUCUUGCAGGAGAUGCGAGGGUAUGUUGGAGACUUGCUUGAGUGUUUCGGUGAAAAGGUGCCCACCAUCCUGGAGCUGGAGUCGGCCAUGCACCAGUUACUAAGGCAACGGGCCGCGCGUCUCGUCCAGAGAAGACAGGAUGAUAUAAAAGAUGAAUCGGCGGAGUUUGCAAGCCUUUCAAGCAAAGCCGUCAUGGCACCCAGCCUCGACUCGUUCGGCAGGGACCGCACUGCCUACCAGGAGCACGCACGCCAGCGCAGGAUAGCCGAGCGAGAGGCCCGCCGGACUCGCAGGCGGCAGGCCCGGGAGCAGGACGGAAAGAGGGCGGAGCACCGCGAAGGCCUGUCCUCGGACGAUGAGGAGACGUCCACCGACAUCACCAGCUUCGACACGGAGAGAGAUCGUAUUGUGCGGGAAUGUAAGAAGGUGUUUGAGGACGCGGUGGAAGACUUCCACUCCCUGGACUUUAUCAAGGCACGCUUCGAGGUGUGGCGGCGGGACUAUGUCCAGUGUUACAGAGAGGCCUACAUCGGCUUGUGUCUCCCCAAACUCUUCAACCCGCUGGUCCGACUGCAGCUCAUAACCUGGAGCCCCCUACAGGCGGAGUGUGCCAACUUUGAGUACAUGCUGUGGUUUGAGUCCCUGCUGUUCUACGGCUGUGAGGAGCAGGGGCCUUUACGGGCCGGAGACGUGGACGUCAACCUGCUGCCCGCCAUCGUGGAGAAGGUGCUGAUCUCCAAGCUGUCGGUGUUGGCGGAGCAGGUGUGGGACCCCCUGUCCAGCAGCCAGACGGCCAGGCUGGUGGGCUUCAUACGCAGGCUGACCAGGAGCUACCCCACGGUGCUGCACGGGGACAACCGCUACACCGAGGAGCUGCUGAAGGCCGUGCUCCUCAGGACCCGACGCUCCCUGGACGAAGACGUCUUCCUGCCUCUCUAUCCCAAGAAUGUCCUAGAGAAUAAGAACGGUGGACCCUACCUAUUCUACGAGAGACAGUUCUGGUCCUGUGUAAAGCUCCUUGGCAACAUCCUGCAGUUUGAGGGCAUCCUAUCCAGCUCGUGUGUGCGGGAGCUCGCCCUGGACAGCACGUUGAACCGCUACAUCCUCUCUGCCCUGCAGACCACCGACUCCACGGACGACAGCGUGCUCAAGUGCCAGCAGCUGGUUCAGUGUUUCCCCGCCCAGUGGUUCACGGGGAUGACGGGCCAGAAGACGCUGCCUCAGCUGGAGCCGCUGUGCCGCUACCUGACGCACGUGGCCAGCACGCUGUACCGCGGCAGCCUGGCCGCCUCGGACCUGGAGCGCCGCUCACUAAAGGAUCAGAUCAAAGAGGUGGUGAAGAUGCUGGGACAGAUGAACGCACUGGACCACAUCAUCACCGUGGCAACGGAACACGGCAUUAAGGACAUCAAACCUCUGCUGGAAGCCAAGUAGUCGAGGACCGCUUACGGAUCCCUACUUGGAGGCGUUUGGAGCACUUAAUCCUUAUUCCUAGGAAGUGUAAACCAACGACGAACAUUGAUGUAAAUGGUGUGAAUAAUUGUACAUUGUGUGAAGGGGAGGGAGGGGCAUGAGAGUGUGUCCUUUUGGAUUAAGACAGAUUUUUAUUUGAGAUCUUGUAGUUUUUGGGUUCACUUCAAAGAGUAUUUGUUGAAAGACUACGGACUGGACUACGUAAUCCAAAACAUGGAAGAAAUUCGGGAAAAGAAGCAAACACCAUGAAGUCCUGCAUUUUGUUACCCGCGUUGAUUCUUCAGAACUACUCUUUUAAAUGCAUCACAUUAACGCUCCACUUUUGCUGGCUGUACAAAUGCGAAUCCACACAAAGCUCCAUGGGUCUUGCCUGCGUUUGCCAUUUUUCUGUUUGUGCCAUCAGAGGAAGGCUCGAACAUCUCAUCUUCUUGUAACUUCAGAGAAUGGAGUUACACUCUGGACACCAUUUUUUGGGGUUCAUGUAAUUUCAUCCUUCAGCUUCGUACUCAUGUUUGAAUUUUAAUUGACUGAAUAAAAAAUGGAUAUCACAACUUU